GUGGGUACAGGGAACAAGUUGUUUUUUUCCGCGUCUUUAAGCUGUAUUGUUGACAUAUAAACUCCGACACGAGCAGGAGUCGCAAAUAAAGUAGAAUUCCCGGUACUUCUUGUUUCCUUCGGACGGUUUGCGAGUUGCGGUGUCGCUACCAACACUGUCCCGGUGUCUUCUUCGGAGCUUGGCAAGAAACGAUGCCUGGCAAAGCGGCAGUGGUGGUGGCACUUCAACCCAGCCUUAAUGUCGCUCCGGCGGCUCCACAGAAGUCCUUCCCUUUUGUUUUGAAGAAGAUUAUGGACAUCCCACCUCCUAAUAUCCUGGAGGAAUGCGACGACGAUCUAGAGAAAGAAAAGCAGAGCUGCUCCGAUGAUGGCGAGGGAGGUGGGGCGGUGGCGUCCAGUGAGGGUGGAGGUGCAAGAGGAGGAACAGGGGGUGGUGUUGGCGGCAGUGGAGGCGUAUCAGCCUCCUUGACCCCUGCCAUCUGGGAGAAGACCAUUCCUUAUGAUGGGGAGACCUUCCACCUGGAGUACAUGGACCUGGAUGAGUUCCUCCUGGAGAACGGCAUCCCUGUGAGCCUGGAGGAAGAGGAGCUGCAGAGGACUCUGACUUCAGUUGAUGGGAAAGGCAAAUCUGUUCCCAAACCUCCUGAAUUAGCUGACACAGUUACUUCCUCUCCUCCUCCUGCUUCUGCUCCUGCAGCUGAAGUUUCAGCCUCCACCCCAAAUUCUGCUCCUUCCUCCACAGCCACCUCAGACCCAGAGGAACCUGUGACAGUCACAACCUUACAACCCGCUAAACUAGAAGAGGAUGAAGAGCAGGAAGAAGAAGAAGAGGAAGGACAGGAGGAGGAGUCUUUGCCUGUGGAGGCAACUGCAGAAGUGGAAGUGAAGAAAAAGGAGUGCAACUCUGCAGAACGCAACACGCCCUCCCCUAUCGAUCCCGAUGCCAUUGAGGUGGACAUCAACUUCCAGCCGGAUCCAACAGAUCUGGUCCUGUCCAGCGUUCCCGGGGGAGAGCUGUUCAACCCGCGCAAGCACAAGUUCUCCGACGAGGAGCUGAAACCGCAGCCGAUGAUCAAGAAGGCCAAGAAAGUGUUUGUUCCUGAUGAGAAAAAGGACGAGAAGUACUGGUCCAGGAGGAAGAAGAACAAUCUGGCAGCGAAGCGUUCUCGUGAUGCACGGCGGCUGAAAGAGAACCAGAUCACGGUGCGCGCUUCCUUUCUAGAGCGGGAAAACACGGCGCUGAGGCAGCAAGUUGCAGAGAUGAGAAAGGACUGUGGGCGCUGUAAGAAUAUCUUGGCCCGCUAUGAGGCCAAGUACGGCCCUCUGUAAAAAAAAAUAUAUAUAUAUAUAUAUCAACGAAGCAUCAAUGAGACAGAAGCAGAACUCCUUCCCCCGCAGACAUCCAACACAGACACAAACACAGAGGGAACAUAUAUUUGCACUGUCCACUGACCUCCAGUCACCGUGUCGAGCUCCAGUUGCCGUCUCGACGUGAUGCUGGAGUUUUGGAUACACUGGCAGGCAGUGAGGCAUGAUGGGAGCAGUGGUCACAGGUAGGCCUGUGGAGAGCGCCUGGCUCCUACACUCAGAGAAGAGGCGGACCGUUCUGGGUACUCCCAUGCUCAAAGGCACAUGGGAAAAUGGGGUUUAUUUCAAGAAAAGUCACGAUUUGCAAAAAGAGCAGGCAAGUACGGCAGAUUAGCGAGCUUUUAAAUAAUUUUAUCACCACACAGCUUCUUGGGAAUAAAUCUCCAGUAGGGUGGAUUAGAAGGUUGUGUAUUUUACAUCCAUCUCUUUUUCGUGUGUUGCACUAAACUCUGGCUGAAACUAAACACGAGCAAGACUCAUGUUGGUACGAGUGUUAGGGGAAAGCACGGGGGAGGCUUCAAGUGCUACAGGUCAGUCACGGUUCUUCCUUUUCCAAACUGUCUGUGCACACACAGAAACACUUUAAAACGACGGUGUGUAAAAACAGUCUUACUUCCAUUUCAUGGUGGCGUGUUCUUAGCCUCAUCUUUGCACUUUUUUCCUUUAAAAACCCUUCCCGUGUAAAGGCAGGUAGCACGGUGGGACACGCAGUAGCUUCCAUAGUGAGGGAAAAUCAAACAUGAAAAGUUAAAGCUACUGUGAUUAAAAAAAAAAAAAAUCUGUAUUUUUUAUUAAUGAUCUUUGAUCAGCUUCAUGUAAUCAGUUUAUUUAAAUGUAUGGCUUUAACAUGGAAGGAAAGAUUUUUUUUUUAAUUAAAGGUGAGCUUUACGAGUGUUAGUCUGACGUACAGGGCCUUCACCUGUGGAGGGACAUGAGGAUUUGUGGAGUUUGUUUUACUGCGCACCGCCAGUAGAGGGCGCUAGAGUCUCUGGCUAUUAAAAGUGUAGUGACAGGACAGAUUCCACCCACAGUUUCUUUCUUUUUUUAAACAAAAUAAAACAAAGGAUGUAGCCAGGCCCAGAGCCUGUGUGUUUUUAAACCUUGUAAAUACUUAAACCUGAGUCUGUCUUUAUUAACCCAACAAUAUCUUAAUAUUUGCCAAAUAGUCAAAGAGUGCUGUAUUUAUUCUGAAGGUAAUAACUCAUCUGUUGAUUGUGACAUAAUGUCAGACAACUCCUAUAAAAUGAAAUAAAUUACCGAGCAGGGAAUUUAAUGGGGUAAACUGUGCUUUUGGAUGUUUUUAAAACGGAUCUAUUUACUUGUUUUAUAAUGUUUUUCUCAUGUGUCUAGAAAGGGGGGGGGAUAAACGGAGCACAUUUGUGUUAACGUUAUGAACACUUCCUGUUUUGAUUGGUAAUGUAGGGCUAAGAGAGCAGUGUUGGUUGAAGCAGAGAGCACACUAAAGGCACCUUAGUUUGAUUUGAACCCGAGGUGAUGAACGGAGUUCUUUUUGCCAAAGCGGCUGAGUCUGUAAUAUAUUGAACACAGACUGUUAGGAGUUUUUCACGUUUUCUGUGUGCACAUUUUUGUGCUCAUAAAAUCACAAUCUCGAAAAGAAAAGAAAACAACGUGGCAAUAAUACUCUUAUGUAAUCAAUGCUUGUUUGAUUUCAGUAACCAUGUUGUGUGUAAAACUUUGCCACGAUGUACUGAAUAGAAAUGUCCCAAAGUCGUUUGUGCUUCCAAGUUUAGAUCCUCGGUUGUUAAGGAUCCCAAUGCAUGAAACCAGUAAAGUCGUGUUUUCCUUUCCUCCUCGAUAGUUUCACACCAAGUGUACUUAAAUCAUCGCUGGAAGCUGGGGGUGGUGAUCUGUAGGGUUCUGUCUAAAGACUGGGGAAAGGAAAGGCAGAGCGUCUUUGCUAUGAUGCCUUGUGUUUGAUUGACAGCUCCAUCAGCCCCUCGAAGCAUCAGCUGAACAAAAAGAAGCAUCCAACAGUAGAUCUGGAUCUACACGCUGGACCAGUUGGUGCUUUUGUGUUUGACAAUAUUUGAGUUUCCUGAUGGUGUAGACUAACAGACAUUUUUAAGAACUGUAUUAUUCUGCGUUAACGUUCAAAAGUUGACGUUUAGCCGCGCCGUGCUGUUCAGGCAACAGUAGCUAACGAGGGAACUUUUAAUUUUUACACCUAAAAAGAGAAUCUGGCAUAAGAUUGAAUGAAGGGAGCCGAAACGAUUCUAUUUUGACAACAACAAAAAAAGAUCACAAAAAAAUAUGUAGCAGACUUGACUGAUGUGAAGCACCUUGAAAACGAGCGGAUUUGUUAAAUGACGUUUAACAAGUUUCAGAGUCUAAAUAGUUGUGUUUUUGGUUGUAAAAGAGUUUUUAGCUCAGUACCACUUUUAGGUAACGACUGUUAAAAACUGAAUUUUGUUUGUCUUGUGUUUUUUAUUUUAUUUUAAUGUAGCACCUACUUCAGAUGAUUUAAAAAUAAAAGGCCGGUGUCGUAGAAUUGUCAAAAGAACUGCCGUAUGAAUCGGCAGAUGAGUUUAAAUAGUAAAAUAAAGCGUUAAAAAUGGCAUGUUACUGGUUUAAAGUGCUCCUCAUCAAUAACACUUUGUUUACUAUUUAUCGUACCUUCAAUACUCCAGGGACAAGACGUUCUGUAUCCUCAGAGGUUUUAAUGUUUUUCCUUUGUUCUGUUUUUAUAUAAACAUGUUUUUGUAAUCCUGUUUCUGAUACAUGCAGCUGUAGUAAUAUCUAACCUUGUCUGGUAAAAAUCUGAAAUAAAGUGGCGUUUGAUGGA